AUGUCAUUCUGUAGUCAAGGAGAUAUGUUGCGGCGGGGACUCGAACUGGUGACGAAGAACAGCGUCAAGGCCGCGGCCACCAUGGUGAUGAGUCGGAUUUUCAGCAAUGCCACGGCCACACCUCCCGAGACGGAGGAGUGGGUGGAAAAGCUACGCGCACUCCGGCGUUACUCGCUACCGGACCCUCUCGACCGGCGACGGCGGUUCGGCGUGCUGGACAACUCGGGCGAGGAGUACGACACGCCGGCGUCGAGCAUUAGCGGCAGCGACCACGGUCUAGGGAGCGAGCACGGUCUGGGGAGCGAGCGCGGUUUUGGGAGCGAGCACGGCCUUGGCUCCGGUAGCGACCGGGCUAUGAGGAGCGACCAGGGCGCGGGGAGCGAGCGCCGGGGUUUCGGGACAAAGUGUCCCACUCCACCCCCGGAGCCGGACUUUUCGGACACGGGUAAGCCAAAUGUGCUGAAUGUGACUGGCGCGGAAGUUAUCAGUCAGGGGCACGCCGUUGGACCGGCGGACGACGCCUUGAGUGCGGGGUCAAAUAAGCACCACCACCGCCCGUGGACGAGCCGACAGUUGGCGCUGAACGUGGUCCGGAAGCUGAGAACGAAAGCGUCCCAGAUGAUCGGAGAGAAGCUCAAGACUGUGACGGCUGAGCGUCAGACCAUGAUCAAGAACAAAAUAAUGUCGUUAGUAGACUCAGAAUUCGAUCAGCUGCUAAGCAACCUGUGCUCCGCUGGAAUAAACAAAGUGGACACCCUGAAAUACAGUGAACAAAACUACGACCUCGAACAAUGGCAACAUGAAGCACGGGAGAGAGACCUGCUCCUCACUGUCAAUCAACUCCGGAAGGAAAUCGCCAAAGAACUCAUGUGCGAAGAUACCGAGAUUGAAAGCGGAGCCGCUGAUGGCGUUGCCGAACAUUACCCACUGCGCCUCGACUUCUCCAUCGCUGGCGGUCUGCAAGAAGCACUCAUCGCGCCUUUGGGGCUACUGCAAUCUCACCUUAAAUAUUGGAGUGACCGAGACGCCUGCUUAUUCAUGCUCAAGAUGGUUACCCAAUUCUAUCCAAGGAUAUCCAGAGAACGAAGAGAUACUAUUGUGCACGAGGCGAAAAAGUCAAGAGACGCAAUAACGAAGCUCAUCAAUCGAUACGUCAAAUAA